UCCGCACAGGAGCCACGGGAUUACAUUGAUUACUACCUGCGUGAAAUGGAGAAAGAGAAGAAUAAGAAUGAUCCCACUUCUACCGUGGACGAAGAGAACCUGAUGCACUCUAUUCUAGACAUCUAUUUCGGUGCAUUGGGAACUACCAGUACAAUUAUACAAUGGGCAAUCAUCAUUUUGGCAAACCGUCCAGAUGUCCAAGAUAAAAUCUUCAAGGAGAUAGAAGAUGUUAUGGGCUCCUCUAAUAUCUGCUAUGAUGACCACAAAAGACUGCCUUAUACUCAUGCAGUGAUUCAUGAAAUCCAGCGUUACAGAUUUCCCUCGAUAGUUGGAAUUCCAAGGCAAACUACCAGAGAUGUCCACAUGAGAGGUUUCAUCAUCCCAAAGGUAUAG